AUGAGUAACAUUAAUAAUAAUUCCGGUCGAAGUGAAAUACUUAAUCCAUUAUAUGAAGUGUUAUUAUAUCAGAAGAAAGAUAUAAUAGCUAUUCAGAAAAAACUCUGUACAAAUAGUAAGGCAAAUCAAACAGCAGUGCAUCAAAGCAAUAAAGCGAAAACAUUUUUUGAUUUAUAUGAGUUAUUGUUAGAAUCGGUAGGAGAUUUAAUACCGAUAGAGAAAAAUCUUAACAUUGAUGACAAUUCCGUUUUAGUAGUGGAAUAUCGAAGCAAUAAAACUCGUAAAGCUUCUAUGGAUAUUUCAAUUAGGGAAAUAUAUAAUUUGCUUGCAGAAGAAGCUGAUGAAAAUGCAAGGGCAUAUUUUCAAAAGUUUGAGAAAUUUUAUAAUCCCCUAGAAGAUGAUCCAGGUGUGGUAUUAAAGAAAUAUGGCGAAAUGGAGGUAAAGAAAAUUAGGUUUAUUGGAGAGGGACUUCCACUAAUUCCAAAUCUUACUCCUCAACAAUUGCAUGAAGUUUUUAUAAAAAAUUCAGCUAGCACCAAUCAUUGCCCAUGUUUAGAACAAGUUAGCUAA